GACACGAUGCUGCUGCUCGGAGCGACGCUGCUGCUGCUGACGGCGACCCCCCCCGGAGGGGCCGGAGGGGCCCCCGGGACCCCUGGUACCUCCGCCGCUCCGCCGCCGCCCCCCCUGCAGCCCACGGCGGCCGCCGCCGGCAUGGCCCUGGCCCGCUCCGCGCAGGUGGAGGAGGAGGAUGCGGGGGAGCAUCAGCACGGAGGCGGGUACCGGGUGGUCCAGUGGGAGUGGAGCUACGUGCAGACCCCCUACAUCAUCGCCAUCUGGCUGCUGCUGGCCAGCGUGGCCAAGAUCUUGUUCCACUUCUCCCAGCGGUUCACCACCGUGGUGCCGGAGAGCUGCAUGCUGAUCCUGCUGGGCCUGGUCCUGGGCGGGGUCGUCCUCAUAGCCAAUAAGAAGCAGCUGUACCAGCUGGAUCCCGCCCUCUUCUUCCUCUUCCUGCUGCCCACCAUCGUGGGCGACGCCGGCUACUUCAUGCCGGCCCGGCUCUUCUUCGACAACUUGGGAGCCAUCCUGACGUACGCUGUGGUGGGAACGCUGUGGAACGCCUUCUGCACCGGCUUCUGCCUGUACGCGGCCAAACUCAUGGGCAUCAUAGAUGAGCGUGUGCAGGCGGACCUGAUGGACUUCCUGCUGUUCGGGGCCCUGAUCUCAGCCGUGGACCCUGUGGCGGUGCUGGCCGUGUUCGAGGAGGUCCACAUCAACGAGAUGCUCUUCAUCAUCGUGUUUGGGGAGUCGCUGCUCAACGAUGCCGUCACUGUGGUUCUUUAUAAGGUGUACAUCUCCUUUGUGGAGGUGGGACCGGGGAACGUCCAGACGGCCGACUACUUCAAAGGCGUGGCCUCUUUCCUCAUCGUCAGUAUCGGGGGGACUCUGGUGGGUCUGGUCUUCGCCGUCAUCCUCGGCUUCGUGACUCGUUUCACCAAGAAAGUUCGCAUCAUUGAGCCGCUCUUUGUCUUCCUGCUGGUCUACCUGGCCUACCUGACCGCCGAGCUCUUCUCCCUCUCUGCCAUCUUAUCAAUGACCUUCUGUGGCAUCGGGGCCAACAAAUACGUGGAGGCCAACAUCUCGCAGAAGUCCCGGACCACGGUCAAGUACACGAUGAAGACUCUGGCGAGCAUCGCUGAGACCAUCAUUUUCAUCUUCCUGGGAAUCUCCGCCGUGGACAAGUCCAAGUGGGCCUGGGACACGGGCCUGGUGUCCUGCACCCUCGUCUUCAUCUUCGUCUUCAGAGCUGUGGGGGUGGUUGGGCAGACCUGGGUCCUGAACCGCUUCCGCCUGGUCCCGCUGGACAAGAUCGACCAGGUGGUGAUGUCGUACGGCGGCCUGAGGGGGGCGGUGGCGUUCGCCCUGGUGGUGCUGCUGGACGGAGAGCGGGUCAAAGCCAAGGACUACUUCGUAGCCACGACGAUCGUCGUCGUCUUCUUCACCGUCAUGUUCCAGGGUCUGACCAUCAAACCGCUGGUGAAGUGGCUGAAAGUUCCUCGGUCCACCAACAGGAAGCCGACCAUCAACGAGGAGAUCCACGAGAGAGCCUUUGAUCACAUCCUGACUGCAGUGGAGGACAUAGCAGGACUGCAGGGCUACAACCACUGGAGAGACAAGUGGGAGCAGUUUGAUAAGAACUACCUGAGCAAGCUGCUGCUGAGGAAGUCAGUGUACAGGAAGAGUGAACUGUGGGAGGCUUAUCAGAAGAUCAACAUCAGGGACGCCAUCAGCGUCAUCGACCAGGGCGGGAACGUCCUGACGUCAGCCCGACUGUCGCUGCCCUCCAUGGCCAGCAGAGCCUCGUUUCCUGAAGUCACCAACGUCACCAACUAUCUGCGUGAGAACGGCAGUGGGGUGUGUCUGGACCUGCAGGUGAUCGAUAACGUCCCGGGAGCCAAAGUGGAGGAGGACACUGAGACACACCACGUCCUGGCAGGAAACCUCUACAAGCCCAGGAGACGGUAUCAGUCUCACUACAGCCGCCACUUCAUGCCUCUGGGGGAGAAGGAGCGCCAGGACCGGGAGGUGUUCCAGAGGAACAUGAGGAGCCGCAUGGAGACGUUCAAAUCCACCCGACACAAACGGCACAAGAAGGAGCGCAGCCUGAAGAAGCGCCGAGGAUCAGACUCCAGGGAGGACGGUGGGGACAAACCCAGACGCAACGUCAGCUGGCAGGACAAAGAGCCGGUCGUCGUCCCCGUGGAGCCGGAGGAGGACAAAGCUGAACAUUCAGACCUUGAGAAGGAGGAGGACGUAGGGAUCACCUUCAUCGCUCGCAAAGCAGAGACGCCAAAACAGCGACCCAAAUCAGUCCCAGCAGCGCUAGAGGUCUGUCCUCCGCCCCCCCCUGCACCCCCGUCCCCCCCCAGUGAAGACAGCCACCUCCCCUGGAAGGGCAGCGUGGGCUCCCCCCCCCCCUGCGUGUCGGUGGAGGCCACCAAGAUCAUCCCCGUGGACCUGCAGCAGGCCUGGAACCAGAGCAUCUCCUCCCUGGAGAGCAUGUCCUCCCCGCCCGGGCCGGCCGAGCCCGUGCACCCCCGGGUCAGCGCUCUGUCCCGGCUGGGAGCCCCCCGGCCGGCCUCCUACACCCCGCCGGGCAGCACCGAGGGGAGCUCCGCCUCCGUCGGAGCUCAGAGCUCCUUCUGCUUCCAGGAGAAACAGAAAAGGAAGGAGGAGGAGGAUGAGGAGGAGGAGGAGGUGGCGUCUCCGGAGAUGCAGCCCCUCAUGGCCACCCUGAGGCCCCCCGGGUCCCUGCCGCCUCCCCCGCCCCCGCCGGGCUCCACCAGGCGGAGGAGUCCCUGCGUGUACCUGAGGAGCCUGGUGACGGCGCCGCCGCCUCCGGGCGGCGCCGAGCCGCACAGUCGGGGCCCCACCCAGCUGUAACAGUCGGGGCCCCACCCAGCUGUAACAGUCGGGGCCCCACCCAGCUGUAACAGUCGGGGCCCCACCCAGCUGUAACAGUCGGGGCCCCACCCAGCUGUAACCACUAGUCCUACAUCAGAGAAACCCGGGGGGCAGAGCAGGACUCUGCAGAAACAGGCCGUCCAAUAGGAAACCAGGGGCUGGAUUCACCAAUAUGUUCUUAAGAACCAUCUUAAGAAAUGUCUUAAGAUCUAAAAUUAAGAAGUUCAUAAGAAAGUUCUUAACUGCAAUUCCUCAAUAUUUUCUUAAGAACUGUCUUAAGAACUGUCAUUUCUUACGAAUUUCUUAUUUUUCCUACUUAAGAACUUCUUAAAAUAUGGCUGUAUCUGAAAUGUCAUACUGCAUACUACAUGCUGCAUACUGCAUCAGUAUGUACUGUAUACUGCAUACUAAAUGAAGGAUUCAGUAGCCGCUCCAGCAGACCGUUCACACAGCAGUAGCAGCUAAGUAUCCCAGAAUUAUAUUAUAUUAUUAUUAUUAUUAUUAUUAUUACUCAUUUUUCUUCUUAAGACUGAACUUAAGAAAAAAAUGACACUUAAAGAGAUUUUUUUUCUUAAGAAUGUUUUGUGAAUCCGGCCCCUGCUCUGCAGCCAUCCUGUUGUAGCUCCUCCUCCUCCAUCAGGAGAGAUCUGCCCCGCCAUCUCUGCUGCGGUCUGAUCAAGCAGAAACAAAGGUUUCCACAACAUCACCAGCGCAUUCAGAUACAAGGAAACGUCUGAUGGCGUUAAACUGACUGAAGUAACAAAACAUCAUCAUCAGCAAACGUUCUGACUCAAACCAGCAGGGCUUCGGUGCAUUCUCAAGACUUCCUGCCGGCGCGUCUCCACCACUACAGUCUGCCGUAAGCACCUCCCACAUCUGAAACCAUUUCCAGUCCGGGUUCAUGAAUUCACGCCAGAUAGUUGACAGGAAUGCUGAGUUCAUGUAAAACCUUGUGAACUGUCAGGAACAGACACAACAGCAUUGCUGCACACAGUGACUGCGUUUACAUGCAGUCAAUAAACCUUUUAAAACCCCAAUAUUAGCAAUAACCUGAAUUUGCUCAUAUUCAGGUUUUUAAAAACCCCAAAAUGACCCCUCGGUUCCUCCUUUUAAAACCUGAAUAUUGGGUCAUGUAAACACCAAACGGAAUAUCCUCAUCAAACGGAACAUGAAUGUGUUUUCAUGUUCUUUUCACAAGGAAUCCUGGUGUUUUGAGUCCAGGAAGUUCUUAUAAACACGGAGAAACCAAGACCAGGAGGAGACUAAUCACUUCAUAAAUGUAAUGAAGGAUAUGAACAUUUCUGCAUUUGU